ACGAUAUUUUUCGUGCUGGGAAGUCUCGCGGUGGGCGUCAAUGUGCCGUACAAUGAUCGCAAACUGAUUGAAGCAUAUUCAAAUGGCAAGGCAGGCGCCGCUGCGUCCCCGUUUGUACGCUCGAUGGAUAUCUUGGGCAUUCCUGUUUUGCCUCACAUAGUCAAUGCUCUUAUUUUGACAUCGGCAUUCAGCGCAGGCAACAGCACCACUUACUGCGCAACACGAAGUUUAUACGGCUUGGCUCUCGAAGGAAAAGCGCCCCGUCUCCUGACCAGAUGCACGCGAUACGGUGUGCCAUAUGUCUGCGUGACCAUCGUCCUGUGCUUCGGAGGUCUCGCCUUCCUGCAAGUCUCGAAUUCCGCCUCUGUCGUCUUGACAUGGAUCACAAACCUGGUCACCGCGAGUCAACUCAUCAAUUUCUGCGUCAUCGCAUACACAUACAUCCGCUUCCAGAAAGCCUGCAAAGCGCAAGGUCUCUCUCGCGAUACAUUACCUCACAAAGCAUCCUUCCAACCCUACGCUGCGUGGCUCGGCCUCGCUGCGUGUUUUCUCGUGACUCUCGCAGCGGGUUACAGUAUUUUCAUCGACGAUAACUUCAACGUACCGGAUUUCCUUUUUCAAUACAUGAUGGUUGGAGUCUUUCCUCUUAUCUUCUUUGGGUGGAAAUUUUGCAAACGCACCAAGUGGUUGAAACCUGAUGAAGUGGAUUUGGUUACUGGAGUCCUGGAAAUCGAAGAGUAUACUGCCAGUUUUCGACCAGAUCCUGAUAGCAGUCGGAUUGGAAAAGCGUUGGAUAAAGUUUUUAGCUGA